AUGAAUUGUUCUAAUCCACCGAAGGUUAUAUAUGUUAAUGAAUCAGGGCAAAGAGGAACCUUCAAAACUAUCCAAAGUGCAAUUGAAUCUCUCCCUAAACCCAACUCUCAAUGGACUCAUAUCAGAAUCUCUGCAGGAACUUACACAGAAACUGUGUUCAUCUCAAAACAGAGGGCAUGCCUUUAUCUAGAAGGAGGUGGCAGUUCAUCCACCAUUGUUACAUCAAGUGGCCAUGACAGAAUGAGUACUUCUUUCACUUUUGCAUCAUUAGCUGAUGAUAUCGUAGUAAAGGGCAUUUCAUUUGUGAACUCAUAUAACAGGCCACCUUAUGCGCAACUUAGUAAAGGCAAUUUACCAGCAUUGGCAGCCAAAAUAGAAGGUGACAGAACUGCCUUUUAUAACUGUUCCUUCAAAGGGGUGCAAGAUACCUUGUGGGAUUGUAAGGGACGCCAUUACUUCAAACAUUGUUACAUUCAAGGUGCAAUAGAUUUCAUAUUUGGAGAUGCACAAUCCAUCUAUGAGAAGAGUGUGAUCUACUUUACAUUGGGGGGAGAUGGGCCAAAAGGGCAUGAUGGCACCAUAACAGCACAAAAGAGAGGAUCCAUGGAUUCCCCAACAGGGUUUGUGAUCAAGGAAUGCAACAUAAGUGGGAAUGGAAGGGCUCAACUUGGAAGAGCUUAUGGACCAUUUUCAAGAGUUAUUAUUGCUAAUUCGACUCUCAGUGAUGUGGUUCGGCCAGAGGGUUGGUCUGCUUGGGGCCAAGUUGGACACGAAGCAAAUCUUACGUUUGUGGAGGAAGGUAACAGUGGAGUAGGGGCAAACCAGUCUAAACGUGUCUCUUGGAUGAAGCAUUUGGAUGCAAAUGAACUAAACAAGUUUUUGAAUAUUUCUUACAUCGACCAAGAAGGGUGGAUCACCAAACAGCCAAUUUAUUAUUAUUAG